AGAGAAAAAAAAGGAAAAGGUUGUUGGGGCUGUCUUCUUGAGUUCCUGUCGACGACUUUCUGAGUGGGAGCAGUCGCUGAAACCAGGAAGAUUAAUACACGCCGAGUGGAAAGCAACCGAGCCAGUCUGCUGUCCACAUUUCACACCAGUUGAGCUUAACUUUGAACCAAAAAAAAGCAGUCCCUGCUGUGUCAAGUCGACGCUGAAAUGGACCCCGCCAGUCAAGAUAUAAACCUGAACUCUCCUAACAAGGGCCUCGUCGUGGAUCAUUCAGACAGCUUGUCCGACGUGCCGGUUGAGGGGGCUGUGGAGGGGGCGGUGGGUAACGCAGCCAACCCUCUCCCGCCGGGCCUGACCGAGGAAGAGGCUGAGGAGCUCCGCACAGAGCUCACCAAGGUGGAGGAGGAGAUCAACACCCUGCGUCAGGUUUUGUCAGCCAAAGAGAGACACGCCACAGAGCUUAAGAGGAAACUUGGCCUCAGCCCGCUCACCGAACUCAAGCAGAACCUCACCAAGAGCUGGCAAGACGUACAGACCUCCAACGCAUAUCUGUCUGCCUCAGCCACUUUGGAUGACAUUGCCCGCUCUGAAGCAUACAAGAAGACUCAGGAGACUCUUUCCCAGGCGGGACAGAAGACUAGUGCAGCUCUCACUACAGUGGGCACGGUCAUCAGCAAGAGACUGGGCGACAUGAG